AUGAAUAUAAGCCUGGGAAAGGUGAAAAUUGCAAUCGACCGAGGAGGCACUUUUACUGACGUCUGGGCCGGCCUGCCUGGACGGUCGGACAUUGUCUUCAAGCUCCUUUCGGUUGAUCCCGCCAAUUAUGAUGAUGCACCCACAGAAGGUAUACGUCGCGUACUAUCUACAUACUACGGCAAGGAGAUACCUCGGAGCCAUCCACUCCCAAAGGCAGAUCUAGAGUUCAUUCGUAUGGGAACAACAGUUGCAACAAAUGCCUUGCUGGAGCGGAAAGGCACACGGCAUGCAUUUCUCGUUACCAAGGGAUUCCGCGACUUGCUCAACAUCGGAUAUCAGUCGCGACCUCGACUCUUCGACCUCGACAUUGUCAAGCCGGCUGUUUUGUACGACGAGGUCCAUGAAAUUGAUGCUAGAGUGACGAUUGAAGGAUUCGAUGAAGACGUCGAUGGGCUCUUCAAUGCCACCGAAGAAAUACCUGGUGUCCUGGUCCGCGGUACAAGCGGUGAUAUGGUGCGUAUCUUGAAGCCAAUAGACGAAGAACACGUCCGUCAGGUACUCAGGGAGCUCCGUGGUAAGGGCUUCGACACACUUGCCGUCUGCUUCACCCACUCCCAUAUAUUUCCAGACCACGAGGUCAGAGUUCAUCAGUUAGCCAUAGAGGAGGGCUUUAACCAUGUAUCAUUAUCCUCUGCUGUGGCAGCCAACAUGAUCAAGAUGGUACCACGAGGCAGUUCAGCAUCAGCAGAUGCAUAUGUCACCCCUGAAAUAAGAAGGUAUUUGGCCGGGUUCAUGAAGGGUUUCGAGGGUGGAAAUCUUGAUGGUGUGAGGUGCGAGUUCAUGCAGUCCGACGGAGGACUCGUUAGUCACCACCAAUUUAGCGGGAUAAGAGGCCUCUUGAGCGGUCCUGCAGGGGGCGUUGUUGGAUACGCUCAGACCACUUACGACGAGAUCUCGAAAAUUCCGGUGGUGGGUUUCGACAUGGGCGGGACGUCAACGGAUGUGUCACGAUACGGAGGGCAAUUUGAGCAUAUCUUUGAGACUACCACUGCUGGCGUGGCGAUACAGAGUCCUCAACUAGAUAUAAACACGGUCGCCGCGGGCGGCGGCUCGAUGUUGGCCUGGAAAAAGCGUCUUUUCGCAGUUGGCCCGGAAAGUGCAUCGUCACACCCUGGACCUGCAUGCUAUCGAAAACGCGGGCCUCUUACAGUGACUGAUGCGAAUCUUUUCCUCGGGAGGUUACUUCCGGAUUAUUUCCCGAAAAUAUUUGGCGAAAACGAAAAUGAGGCUCUAGAUUCGGGCACAGUACAGCGAAUGUUUGAAAAUUUGACGGCGACGAUUUACUCGGACACGGGAAAUAAAAUGAGCCCGGAAGAGGUAGCCUGGGGGUUUCUUGACGUUGCUAACGAAUCAAUGUGCCGGCCAAUCCGGGCUUUGACUGAAGGAAAGGGAUAUGACAUCGCAAACCAUCAUUUGAGUGUUUUUGGGGGUGCUGGAGGGCAGCAUGCUUGCGACGUCGCACGCAAACUCGGCAUAUCCACCGUCAUCAUCCACAAAUAUUCAAGCAUCCUUUCCGCAUACGGAAUGGCGCUUGCGGACUUUGUGCAAGAAGCUCAAGAACCAGUUAAUGAAGUUUAUGGAGAUGAAUCCCGUACCAGGCUUCUCAGUCGGCUAUCACUGCUGCGAGACAAGGUUCGCCGCCAUCUAAACAGUCAGGGUAUCUCAGAUGGCGACAUAUCCUACCAGCGGUAUCUUAACAUGAGAUAUCAGGGAACGGAGACAGCGAUCAUGGUUCUGCAGCCAGCAGAUGGCGAUUUUAAGCAGGAAUUUAAAAGAAUGCAUCUGCGGGAAUUCGCCUUUUUGUCUCCUGACGAAAGGCCUAUCAUUGUGGAUGACGUGCGCGUCCGAGGCGUUGGGUCUUGCGGCGGGCUUGAGAAAUCAGAUGGAAAGAGACUGGGGCAAAAGCUCAAGUACGCCUCUUUCAAUGUUGCACGGCCGGAGUUUGUGGAGCGAACGACCAAAAUCUACUUUCCAGGAACUGGAAAGAUUUCCGCUCCCGUCUUUCUACUGCCUAAGCUAGAGCCGCUAACUCUCAUCACCGGACCAGCUAUUAUUAUCGACCAGACACAGACCUUGGUGAUCACGCCCGGAGCAGAAGCUAAAGUGUUGAGUAACCACGUGGUUAUCCAUAUCAACGACUCGUCCAGCCAGAUUAUACGAAGUCCUGUCUCAAUGCACAGAGUUCAGCUUUCGCUAUUCUCACAUCGCUUCAUGAGUAUUGCUGAGCAGAUGGGUCGCGCUCUACAGAAGACGGCCGUGUCACUCAACAUCAAGGAGCGGCUGGAUUUCUCAUGCGCGCUAUUUGGCCCAGAUGGAGGACUGGUCGCCAAUGCACCUCAUGUCCCAGUACAUCUUGGUUCCAUGAGCUACGCGGUCAAGUACCAGCACGAGCUCCACGAAGGAAAGCUUGCCCCGGGGGAUGUACUGGUGUCCAAUCAUCCUGAGGCAGGUGGUACGCAUCUGCCAGACAUCACGGUGAUAACUCCGGUUUUCGAGAAAACGGGGAAGCAGAUCGCAUUUUACGUGGCUUCCCGCGGCCACCACACUGAUAUUGGUGGCCUUGGGGGAACGUCCAUGCCACCGAACUCCACAGAGCUGUGGCAGGAGGGUGCUGCGAUCAGAUCUUUUAAGCUCAUUCAUGCUGGAAAAUUUGAUGAAUCCGGUAUCACCGAAAUCCUUCUUCGUCCGGGUCAAUACCCGGGUUGCACGGGGAGCCGACAUGUGUCGGACAACAUCUCCGACCUCAAAGCGCAGGUUGCGGCAAACCACAAGGGCAUGAUCUUGGUGCAGGAUCUUAUCAAGGAAUAUACCCUACCAGUGGUGCAGAUGUACAUGAAAGGCAUCCAAUCGAAUGCUGAAUGGGCGGUGCGGGACUUUCUUCGCGCCGCUAUUAUUACGAAGGGCACCCACCUCGUUGCAGAAGACCAAAUGGAUAACGGUUCAGUGAUCAAGCUCACGGUCAUAAUUUGCCGGGAUGGGUCUGCUGUGUUUGAUUUUACUGGGACUGAUUGUGAGCUGCUCAGCAAUAUCAACGCGCCCCCAGCAAUCACCUACUCUGCCAUUAUAUACAGCCUACGUGUUCUCAUCGGCACUGACAUCCCCUUAAACCAGGGCUGCCUCACACCGAUCGAUGUCGUCCUACCAAAGGGCACAUUCCUGAAUCCAUCCGCAGGCCCCGCUGUUUGCGCUGGGAAUACUCAAACAUCGCAGCGACUCGUGGAUGUCAUCCUCAAGGCAUUUCGAGCCGGUGCCGCCUCUCACGGCUGCAUGAAUUGUAUUGGCUUUUUUGGCGAGGGCGGCAAAGAUGCCGAGGGUAAGAAGCUGAAUGGGUACGCUUACGCGUUCGGAGAGACAAUCGGCGGUGGCUCUGGAGCAACAUCCUCCCGGCCGGGGGCAUCCGGUGUACAUACGCAUAUGACCAACACGAGGAUCACCGAUCCGGAGAGCCUGGAAAAGCGCUACCCGGUCAUCUUGCGAGAGUUUGCCAUCCGCCCAAACUCGGGAGGAAAGGGCGUGAACAGAGGCGGAGACGGUGUGGUGCGAGACAUUGAGUGCCGUGUUCCGCUAAGCUUCAGUGUCAUCACUGAGCGCCGCACUGUUGCGCCUUAUGGAAUGAACGGAGGUGAACCGGGACAGUGUGGAGCAAAUUACUGGGUUAGGAAGAUGAAUGGGGUAGAAGGGAGGAUUGGCGAUGGAUAA